ACAAUAAUGACGUAUUUACUAUUCUCAGUAUUUGGUUUAUGUUUAUUUCAGUCGAUGAGUAUAGUGGCUGUGGUGAAAGUUUCAUUACAGACGUGUGUUAACUGGCUCUGAGUUAAGACAAUUCAUCAAGUAUGGCAACACAUGCAUUGUAGUGCAUGAACCUGCCAGCAGCAAGCCAACAUGGGGAUCCGGGGACUGUUGUCGUACUGUCGAGAACACAUCUCUGCAUGUGCUGACACCAUCGACCUGGUCGAGGUCGCACGGCACAGGGAUGGAAUUACGAUUCUUGUCGACUUUUUCUCCUUUGAAUACUUCAUCCUGGAACAAUUGUGGCGUGGUCUCUCAGACAUGUGUCACAACCCUUACCUCCAGUUUGAUGGGGGUGAAUACCAGACCCUUGACUCCUACCUGUCAAAGUUCAUAAAUGAUUUAAAAAGUUUAGGAAUUGAACUUGUGUUCUAUGUGGAUGGUGCCAAGGGAAGUUCAUAUGAGGGAACUAAGCAGAAGCUUGAAACGUGGAAGGAUCGGCACAUGCAGGAAGUUCAGAGACUGAGAGAGAUCAUGGACAUGUGUCGGGGGGGUGUUUCGUGUUGAGCAGCUUCACCGUGAGGCUCGAAUGAAGCCUGUGCUGUUAGAGAUCCAGUUUACAAAUACCCUGAAAGCUUGUGGGUGUACUGUACACCAGCUGCCUUCAGGAGAGGCAGAUUACAUCAUUGCACAAGAACUAGAGACAAAUCCAAAGGCUGUGGCUGUCCUGAGCAAUGAUACAGAUUUCUUAGCGUUUCGGAAGGGGGCGAUGAUUUCGAAUGAGAUGUUUGACGUACAUGGUGACCUUCAACUUGGUAGGCCGAUGGCUCUGCCAGAAAAACCUCUCAGACUUGUAUGUCAUGUUUUAAAGGCAGAAAAGGUUGCACGGAGCCUUGGGUUGACAGAACAUGCUCAGAUUGUGGAACUGAGCAUCGUUGCAGGCAAUGACUACACCGGACCAUUCAUGCAGAUACUAUUUCACUCGCUUGGUAUCGAAGGUCGUCGAAGUAUUCAGAAGCUGGCCUCCUUGGUGAGGAACUACGGUAAUGUGGAGAACCAUCCUGCAAUCCUCGACUGUAUGCAAAGAGAUCAUCAGUUCGCAGCUGCCAUAACUCACACCCGCAACUUCUAUAUGCUGACUUGCCCCGCGGAAAACCACAGUACACAGGACUUCAUCUACAACCUGCUGUGUGAAGGCAUAGAACAUGGGUCCUUCUCCCCACAUGUCCUUGGUUUCCAUAAUGGCUUGUACUGGCGCCGCAAAUUUGUGGAAGAGGUGGCUCACGGACAUCCAUCCUCUGAAAUGGCUUUAAUUGGCCUGAGGAUGUACAUCUAUCGGAUUGUUCUACCAACCAACAGACAUCAGGUUACAGAACAUGGUCGAUCAGACCACAGGAACUACGAAUACACGAGGAUCAAUGCAACAGAAAACAGGAUGAUUCCUUCAAUCAACAACAUAAAACCACAGGAAAUAUUCAAGAAUCUGAGGCUCUUUGAUCACAUUAUGUCCCAUCAGGAACCCCAGGCCUUCCCAGAGACCUGGUUUGAUCGAUAUGGAAGAAAAAAUGGUUUCAUAUGUUACGUCCUACGUUAUUUCCUUCUCCAAAACUGGGACUACAACCUGCGCAUAUCCGAAAAUGAGUUCCUGGCUUUGGUUGCCAUAGCAUUCGGCAAGACAAAUGAAACAUGGUACCAAGGACUCGGUCUGAGGCCUACUCCAAGAUGUGUUACUGUUGGCAACUGGUUCCAGAAUAUUUAUCGUCAUGCGUUCCUGUUUCUGGGCAGUCUGUUGUACCUGACCCAUGAGUUUCCGCUGCCCAAAGAGAUCUUCUCAGGCUCUGUGUGGACAGCCUUCCACACCUGCUGCAAUGAUGAGGAAUGGGAUGCUGGCUGUAGACAGGUAUCCCGAGAUGCCCUGAAGCUUGUUCAGCACAAGAUGGAUGCUAUCAUCAGAGAGAAACGCCACAUGAUCAGAUGCCUUACCGAGAAUGUCUUCGACUUUGAUGACAGUUACUGAAGUUCACCUCGUUAAUGUCAGAAGAUCCGACUUAUGUUGUGUCACCCGGAAGCUCAGCAUCCAAAUACAGGUCUGACUACAGCUGCAUCAUCCAGGUGUAUCCUGGUACUGUAGCGAGUGGAAUGUUUGGAGUGAGCCCCUGGAUUAAAAAAAUGGAUGCUGUUCUCAAAGCUUGAUAAAUAUCUCAUCUUCAAUUACUUCCACUGCAAACGUCUGGAACUGGACAACGUGCCUCUAUGUUGAAGAAACAACAACAAAAACAGGCCCAACUAUGCAUCUAGGUGUGGCAGGAUGGAUUCUUUGGCUUUUGUUUUGAUGCUUGCAAAAUGGUGACACCCUUAAAAAAUGGAUGCUGUUUAAAUAUCUCGUCAUCAAUCACUUCCAUUGCAAAUGUCUGGAAUGGGACAACGUGCCUCUAUAUUGAAGACACAAGAACAAAAACUCCUUAAUAUGCAUAUAGGUGUGGCAGGAUGGGAGUCUUUGGCUUUUUUUGUGAUGCUUUAAAAAUGGUGACACUCUUUGUACAGGAUGAUUGAUUAGUUUGAUUGAAGUUGUGACUGAUCUCAUUCACAUUGUACAUGCUUCUCCUUAAAAGUCAUCAUCAGCCCCCUAGCCAUAAAUUUUGAACGGUCCCUAAGACAACAUUUUGAAAUAGUGCGCCAAUUUGGACACAUUCUGUUUAUGGUUGGGCUGGUGAGAUGAAAGCACUGUCAAAGUUAUCCCCCCUUGAUUCCACCAUUUGUUUUUUUUAAAGACAAUGAUUAUCUGGCAGAAAUGGCUGUGAUGCUGCAUUUUAACCACACAUUGUCUGAUUCACAUAACCUCGUUCUUACCAUCAUCCAAGUUUAAAAUACUCAGGUAUUUGGGUACUAUUUGAUGAUUGUCUUGUAAGAAGCAACAUAUUGAUGAAUGUAAUACGUCGCUGUUGAAACUUAUUUUUUGUUGUGUUGUCAAUAUUCUGUUUUGUUGUUUUAACAAGAAGUAUCAUUUAAACUGUUAAAUAAGUGUGGUUACAGAAUGUUUCUAAUUACAAACUUAUUCUUCUGCAAGUUCAGUAACUAUUCAGAGAACCUAGGUGUUCAUACAGCUGCUGUCCCUGGGAAUCACGGAUUCAGCUUGCUCAGCUGCUCAGACACGUUGACUUUCUGUUGCCCAGACUCCCAUCACUAACAUCAUCAUCAUCAAACUUUAUUAUAGUGUGACCAAGUAAUUAAAACACAACUGUGUAUUGAGUUCGAUUCAGUUUAGUUAUUAUCAGUGUGAUGAGACACAUGGAACAUUCUCCCAAAACUAGCUCCUUUCACUUCUUCCUCUCACCGUUGUCUUUAACUCUCACACUAUCUCUUAUCAGUGGGGCGGUGGGGUAGCCUAGUGGUUAAAGCAUUCACUCGUCAUGCCGAAGACCCAGGUUCAAUUCCCCACAUGGGUACAAUCACUGAAGCCCAUUUCUGUUGUUCCCCCGCUGUGAUAUUCCUGGAAUAUUGCUAAAGGAAGUGUAAAACUAAACUUAAUCACUCACUUUCUUAUCAGAAGAGCUCUACCUCCAAACCAAUGCUGGGUCAGUCUGUCUCUUAUAUGUAGAUCUGUACCUCACAACCAAAGCUGGGUCUGUCCUUGUCCUGAGUGCCUUAAGCAAACCCCAGAUGACAAGUAUUUAUUACUUUAUCCCGAUUGCCUUAAGUACUCAGGAAAAUAAAGACCUUUAACACACUGGCUUUCCCCCAGUAAUCAUAAUGUUAUAUUACCCUGUGACAAUACUAUAAAGAGACAUUCAAUAUUU